UGUUUGUUUAUAUUGGCAAGAAACGAAUAAAGUCAAGUUAUAUUUGGUUGGAAAAUUUAAAAACUUGUAAAAACAAAUAGCAAUUUCAAUUUUAAUUAAAUAAAAAAAACAUAAAACACAAUGUACAAAUAUGCUGCAACAGAUUCAAUAUUUGAUGGUGUUUCAAAUAUAUAUUUAGUUAGUAUUGCAACAGCAUUUUUAGCGGUUAUUAUAGCUUUUUAUUGCAGUAAUUUUCUCAAGGACGAAAGUGAAAAGCAAUUAAAACAAGUAUUAAAUGAAGUAGGCGAUGAAUAUGACGAGAAUAUGGGGGAGGAAGAAUUGCCAGAACAUGAUGAUUAUCUUAAUAAUACAACUACCACUGAAAUAGAAAAUCAUUAUCAAUUAAAACAGGAAAUACAAAAACGUUUAAUACUUGAUGAAUUGGAAAAUACCAGUGAUUAUGAGGACAAUGACACUUAUAAAAAAGUUUAUGCGAAACGCAAUUCUAACACAUCGACUAAUGACAAUUCCGACAUUGACUAUGACACGGAUGAUGAUAUGCAUGUCGAUGGUCUUGUUAGUAAAUUGAAAUCGAAAAGAGUUAAAGAGUUGGAAGCCCAAUUAACCAGAGAUCAAUUGGAGGAAGAGAAAAGAAUCGAACGCGAACAAUUGGCAGCCAUAUUUGAGCUUUUAAAAAAACAAGAAGCCGAACUUAAUAUGAAGGAAAUCGAUGAAUCAGAAUUAAAUGCUCAAUUAGCUUUAUAUCGUUAAAUGAUGUCACAACAAGUUGUAGAUUAACAAAACCAAACCAAAGGAACCACCAAUUAGAUACGUUUCUCAGAGUUUUUAAAUGUAAUAUAGUAUAUAAUUAUACAUAUUUUUAUAUGCUAUAUAGAUAUAUAUAUAGUAAUAGAUAGAUAUUAAUAUGUAUGUUUGUUUUUGUCCAUAGUGA